UUGAGAAAUGGGACUUUGGAUUGGAGCGUGACAUACGUCUUACGUAGACAUCACGUGGUAGCGGGACAGAAACAAACAUGGCGCCGCGAAAGUGAGAAAAAAACCCUCUGCCUUUCCUGUCAGUCAGCGCUCAGGGUUGGAUGAUCCCACACGCAAAUGAGAGGAAGAGGAAGACACUCUUCAUCGCCGUCGUCAGCGACUCAGCAGCAGAGCAGGAUGGCUCUGAGGAAGAACCUGACCCAGAACGUUUCCUCUGAUAGCCAACAGGAUGAAAACACCCAGGAGGACAAAGCUUCUACCGACACAGAAAGCAGGGAUGGGCUCUCGUCUUUGCUUCAGUCAACAUUAUUACCACGAGAGAAACGCCGAACGGAGAGGAAGAACCACUGCAGACGAAAAGAGAUGACUGAGGAGGAGGAGAUGGACCUGGCGCUACAACUCAGCAAACAGGAAGCCAGCAACACAGCACUGAGACAGCAGCAGGAGGAUGAGAAUGUGAUGAAGGCCAUUCAGGAGAGCAUGGUCAUCCAGACACAACCUGGUCCGAAGUCUCCAGACAAACAUCUGCUUGACGGCGUCCCGCAGAGCACUGGCUCUCGACGAAAACUCUCAUACUCUAACGGGGAGAGGAUGCCAGAGGAGGUGAACUCAGGAGCUGUUGGACCAGGAGAUGAAAUUAUUACCAGGAGAAAAAAGCUGAGAAAACAAGCUGGCAGUCCUCUAAUGAAAAUGCCAGAUUUGUCACAGACUCAGAAUGUUUCCUCUCAGAAUUCUCCCAGUAUCACAGAAUCGGUCUCCGCUCAUCUGGACUCUCCGCAGAGCUCCGGCUCAACAGAUAUUGAAGACUCCCAGCUCCAGAUGUCUCCAGUCUUCCCACUGACCGGCUGCAGAGCGGAGGUUCAUGUCAGUCGCCUCAACCUGGAUCUAGUGGAAACAUGCAAGAGCUCUGGGUUUGUCUUGUGUUCUCAGGACAGUUUGAUUUCCACUCAAAAAUCUGCUCAGCCCAGAAGCCCUGUGUUCCCCCAGAGUAACCCCAUAUUCUGUCCCAAAAGUCCUGUGUUCCCAGGAGAUGACAUGGGCCGUGAAAGACAGCUGGAGCAGAGUCCCACGUUUGUUAAGAGUCCAGUUUUUGCGAGGACUGCUGACUGCUCUAAUCAUCCUGCUUGUGAAAAUCUAGAGCUCAGCUUCUCCUCUCAGGAGAGUUCAAAUCCCACUGUGAGGUCUGACUCCCCCCAGAGCCCUGUGUACCAUAAAACCCCCUCAGGACAGUCUUCACUCUGUAAAGACCCCUGCAGAGGACAGGUGGAGCGGAGAGAUGAGCGAUUGACGAGCCCCACUGAAGUGCAGAGAACCGACCUGCAGCUCCAAGCUUCUGACUGUGACCAGAGUCCUUCUGGCUGCAGGAAGGACAUAAAGUCUGACGGCUGUCCAACUGCCGAGUGCAACAGACAUUCGCCGAAAUCGGAAGAGGUGAAUGAAAACUGCAAAGGCUGGACCUCUGGAAAGAAGGAGCUGACAAGCGACAUGACGCUGAUCUGGUCAGAACAGGAGGAGGAUGAUGUUACACCCGUUGGUUCUCCCAGCCCAGUCUUCCCUGAAGAGAAACCUGCUGUUCCAGCAGACAACCAGUUGGGAUCAUCACCGAAACAUGUAUUGGUGGCUUCCCAAGAACCGUCCUGGCCAGACUGGAGCCUGAAACCCCAGAAAUGUUCGUCACAGCUUCCCACCUCAGCCCUGCAGUCCCAUCCUCUGAGCAGACGGGAGGAUGUCCACAGGGCGUCGCCCCAGCGUGGGGAGCCUUCAGACAGACAGACAGUCCACUACUACUGGGGGGUUCCCUUCUGUCCAAGAGGCCUGGAUCCAGAUACGUACACCAAGGUGAUCGUGGCUCAGAUGGAGGUUUAUGAGAAGAGUCUGAAAGAGGCUCAAAGGGGUCUGCUGAGGAAGGCUGAGUGGGGGGAGGCCAUCCAGCCGGAGCCACAGAAGUCCAUGUCCCCUGAAACAUCAGCUGGGUCGCCUCAGCCUUGUGUUUCUCGAAGGAGAGGUCUAAGACUGAGAGGCAGCAAAAGGAGCGAAGCUGCUGAUUUUCUUCCAGAAGAGGAAGAGGAGAGAAAAGAUGACGGAGAAGAGGAGCAGCAAGAAAAAGAGGAAGGGGGGAACAAGGAGAGUGAUGAAGUGCAGAUGGAUACUGAUGACUGUGAGGUUUGUCCAGAAACUCAACUGAGUGACAACGACAGCACAAAAGAUCUGAGCUUGGAUGUUGAUGCUGAAACACAGCCUUCACAGAAAAAUCCUGAGCUGCCUGAGAUCGAGAUGAUCCUCAGAGGUGAUUCUCCAAUCAGACACGAGUGUCAGGAGCCAGAGCCAAAUUUGAAAACAGACUCAAAAAUGGAGGAAAACGUCUCAAGUUGCUGCAAAGAUGUCAGAGGACAGACUGCACAAAGGGUAAAGAAAGUCAAGAGCAGAAAGGAUCGAGAGGUGGAGAAGAUGGAGGACCGAAGUCUUCAGAGAUCAGAAUGUCCUGAACUGGAAGCAGCCGUUGUCCCUCACAGCCCUGAAGCCUCUGUCGACUGCCCCCUCUGUCAGGGAUCAUUUCCCGCGAGUGAGAUUGAGAUGCAUGCGGCGUACUGUGAUGGCUUUCAAGACCCACUAAAACCUCGUAGGAAGAGGAUGAAGAGAACAGAGGUGGUGUCGGAGGAAACCACCCAACUCUCUGAUGUUUGCAGGAACCAGGAGAAAUGCUACAUCUGUCAGAAAUCUGUUCUUCUAAGAGAUUACAGCCGACAUACAGAACUCUGCCUUCAACGUGGGACAGUGAGCAGGAAGGGAAACCUGUUGUCGGCUUUGGAGAAAACUGAAAGCAGGGACUCAGGUGCUGGACCGUCAGGAUCCAAACCCCAACCUGAAGCAGUUAUUGAUCUACGGGACGAUGAUGAUGAUGAUGAGGAAGUUUCAGCAUACAGGAUCAAUAAUUCUCCCAUCAGAUCCUUCACUCCCAUCUCUGAGGCCACCGGAUGCCUUAUUGACUUCAGGAAACAGCAGCGACCCAAGAAGCCCAGUCAAAGACGGAGAUGAUGUCAUGAAGAAGGAGCCAGAACCUUUAACCAUCACCAGGCUGCCAGGGUUGUGAUGGAGCCUUUUUCAAGAUGUUUUAUUUAAAAAAACAAACUGUCUGACUUUGUUGAAACCACUAUUGCUGAUGUCAAACUACCUCCUGCUUUGUAUAAACAUUCCCGUUAUGUUACUGUAGUUCUGCUUUUUAUUUACAUUUAAUGUCUUUUAAUCAAGCAAACUCAUCUGCUUCAAAAUAACGAUUGAUUUUCUCUGAAUAACAGUUGAACUGAACUGUAGUGCCUUCUACUGUCAGAAUAAAGUAUUACACACCUGAA